ACCCGAGGCCACGGAGGGAGCGCACAGGUGUCGAGGUGUGGGCGGCAGGCAGGAAAGCUCUUUGGUCCCCGGCACACGAUAAACCCUGCCCUGGGAAUGCGUGAGGGCUUGCUGUGUAACCCUAAGUGACCGGGAGAAGCACAGGAACGAGGGUCAGGCUGCGGGAAGCUGUGAUAGGAGGCUGUGUAGAUGCUGUGCCGCUCAACCCUCAAGCUGAUCUCUCAAGCAUCUAGAGUGACGCAAGCUUUAGGGGGGACGUAAGCUUAACCCUCAAGCCUCUGAAGUGACGCAAGCCUUAGGAGGGAGGUAAGCUUAACCCUCAAGCCUCUGAAGUGACGCAAGCUUCAGGAGGGAAAUAAGCUUAACCCUCAAGCCUCUGAAGUGACGCAAGCUUCAGGAGGGAAGUAAGCUUAACCCUCAAGCCUCUGAAGUGACGCAAGCUUCAGGAGGGAAGUAAGCUUAACCCUCAAGCCUCUGAAGUGACGCAAGCUUCAGGAGGGAAGUAAGCUUAACCCUCAAGCCUCUGAAGUGAUGCAAGCUUUAGGGGGGACGUAAGCUUAACCCUCAAGCCUCUGAAGUGACGCAAGCUUCAGGAGGGAAGUAAGCUUAACCCUCAAGCCUCUGAAGUAAUACAAGCUUUAGGGGGGACAUAAGCUUAACCCUCAAGCCUCUGAAGUGAUGCAAGCUUUAGGGGGGACGUAAGCUUAACCCUCAAGCCUCUGAAGUGAUGCAAGCUUUAGGAGGGACGUAAGCUUAACCCACAAGUCUCUGAAGUGACGCAAGCCUUAGGAGGGACUCAAGCUUAACCCUCAAGCCUGUGAACUGACUCAAGCUGAUCUCUCAAGCCUCUAGAGUGAUGCAAGCUUAAUCUUCAACCCUCUGGAAUGAUACAAGCCUUAGGAGGGAUUCAAGCUUUACCCUCAGUCCUAUAAACUGAUUCAAGCUUGACCCUCAACCCCCUGGAGUGACACAAGCCUUAGGAGGGAUGUAAGCUUAACCCUCAACCCUCUGGAAUGAUACAAGCCUUAGGAGGGAUUCAAGCUUAACCCUCAGCCCUAUAAAGUGACUCAAGCUUUACCCUCGGUCCUAUUAAUUAGGUGACUCAAGCUUAACCCUCAAACCUUUAAACUGACUCAAGCUGAAUCCUCAAGCCUCUGAAGUGACUCAAGCUGAUCACUCAAGCUUUCGGAGUGACUGCUGGAAGUCCUCAUGGCACUGAGGCAUUACCUUACUUACUGAUGUGAUGAGGUGUUGCAAAAUGGGUCUUCCAUCUCUUGUUGGAAAUAUUUGUUACAAAGAUACAUCCUGAGAAUGGUCCCAGCUAGACUUUGGAAUGAAGAGAUCCCUCGAGCAAGGGGGUGGGGAGCCUCCUCGGCAGCGGGUGGCUCAGGAACAGUCUGGGAGAGGCACAGCCAUGAGAGGUGACUCUUCACUACAAAGGAGUGAGGAGAGCCAGGAGAACACUUCAUCAGGGUGCACAAGUCAUGCUUCAUCUUUUUCUUUGGAGACUUAUUCAGAUAGCUCUUGCUCAUCUGAUGCUAGUAAAACUGAUGUAGAUGUGCCAUUGGGAUUGAAUGUUGCCUCUCAGCCUCCAUCUUCUGCAGCUGCACCUGUAACCUGCACUGAGUCAGUUUCUCCAAAGGCAGCUAGCCACUCAAGAGAAGGUACAAAUAAACUGACUGCAGCAGCUACGGCCACUCAAGAUGCAUGUGAUGUGACAGAAACAGCUGCAGUACAUACCAGAGGUCAACAAGAGGCCAGUGACUCUGCAGCUCAAAAAACAGUCACCACAAGUCCUUCAGGUUCAAGAAAAACUUCUGAAGCUAUUUAUGCAGCACCACCACGAGUGUCUACUGUAACUUCCACAUCACAAGAGUCUGGAUUAACUUCAGCACAGCUAACCUCUGAUCAUGCUACAAGCCAGUCAGAUGUGUCAGCAGCAGCUACUACUGAUACAAAUGCCAAUGAAUAUAUAUCAGCCACCUUAGAGACAUCUCCAUCUACAGAAACUUUCACUCAGUCUACAACUUCCCCAGUAUUGGCAACAGCACUCACCCCAUCAUCAUCAUCAUCAUGCACAGAAUCUGCUGCUUCAUCUGUAUCUUCAUCAGCUACUUCAGUCACAAUUACUACAGCACCAGCAGUGUCAGCAACAAUACAGUCAGUCUCCACUGAUUUUACCAAAACAACCACAAGCUCAGGUAAAGGAGACAUGAGGCUGGUGUGUCCCACCACAACAACUGUUGAGCGUCUGCACUCAUCAGAUGCAGUGACCCAGCCCCAGGUAUCAUCACUGACUACUUCUUUAGAGCAGAGUGAAGAAAGUACAGAAAAUGGUUCCAGCCAAGAUGCAGUGUCAAAUACUGAAUCCAUAGCUCUUUCAUCCAUACUGUUGCCAGCAUCCUCCUCUGUUCCCUCACCAGCAUGCUCAUCCAGCAUUGCUGGUGGAGAUGCUACAGACAGUGUCUCAGACCUGUCCACCUCUGCUGCAGUAACAUGUCCACCCUUGGCCAGCCUGUCAUGUACUGGGCCUCCGCUGUCAGGCUCCACACAGGCCUCGUCCUGCAGUGGCUCCAGGCCUUCUUCAGUCAUUCUCUCUGCUGCCUCAACUUCAACAUCCCGAGCCUCCCCCUCCCCUGCUGUUCCUUCCUCUUCUCUGCGGCCUCGUGCUCUCUCCUCAGAUUCCUCCUCAGACUCUUCCACAGACUCUUUGGGAGUGGUACCAGCAGGGGAAGGCUCUACCCAUGAACCCCAAUUUACCAGCUCAGUAGGUCUCUCCACAACCUCUGGCUCAGUGUUCCCCUCAUUACUGAUAGAGUCUGGUGUCCUCAGCCUCCAGGCAGAAGCUCCAUCCCCCUCGAGCCUACUCACCGCCGCAAUGGACUCCCUCCCACUCGAUGAACUGGUGGAAAUGCCUCAUGAGGCCCCUGAAUCUUCACACUUGUCAUUGUCCUCACCUGGUUUACAGCUUCCAAAUGCUUCAGAAACUGGUGAAGAGGUUGGCUAUUCUGACCUGAACAUCUCCCAGCAGGACGAAGGAGAAGGGUCUGAAAAUACAGCAGAGGAAUCAGCAGAACCCCUGCUGACCUCGGCACCGCUCACGACUGAAGAUGAAGCAGCCUUGGAUUUAUGUUUUCUCAGCAGAGAUGAAGAACGCAAGGCAAAAGAGAAAAAGAUACUCCGCUCUGGAAAGGUGCCCCCCGCUGGGUCUCCUGUGGCCAAGGGUCAGCUCCGUCGGGCCGGCCCCUACGUACUGGGUCCUCGGCUUGGCACCUCACCUGUCCGCUCCAUCGUCCAGUGUUUGGCCCGCCAGGAAAACACAGAGAAUUUCUACACCCUCAAGAUUCUAACGGUGCGAGAGAUGGGUGAAGAGAACCAGGAUGACCGGCAGGGCAAGAUGCUGCUGCACACGGAACACUCCCUGCUGUCCCUGCUGUCUGGGCAGCACGGGGUGAUACAGCACCAUGGGCUCUUCCAGGACUACGCCUAUGGAGUGCGGGAGCAGGGCAGCACCAGCAGCAGUAUCAGUCGUGGUGGCGGCUUGGUGUCGACAGGCAACCUAGUGCGCCGUGUGUGUCUGGUGCUGGAUUGUGUCACGCCGCAGGACUAUUGCCCCCACACGGCUGACCUCAUAAACCUGCAGCACUAUGUGAUCACCAAGAAGAAGCUUGCUGAGAGACACGCCCUCACCAUCUUCUACAACAUUGUCUCUGUGGUGCACAGUCUUCAUGAGCAAAAUGUGGUGCAUCGGGACCUGAAGCUUGGCAAUCUGGUGCUGCACAGAGUCACCAGGGAGAUCAUCAUCACUAACUUCUGUCUCGGCCAACACCUCCCCUCGGAAAAGGACCGCCUCAGGGACCAGCGUGGCUCCCCAGCCUACAUCUCACCAGAUGUGCUCAGUGGAAAGCCCUACCUGGGGAAGCCAUCAGACAUGUGGGCCCUAGGAGUAGUGCUCUUCACCAUGCUGUACUGUCGCUUCCCCUUCUAUGAUGUCCAGCCCCAGGAACUCUUCCGAAAGAUAAAGGCUGCCCAGUACACCCUCCCCAAAGGGGAGAAGAUGGUGAGUGAGGCCACCAAGGAGGUCAUCAGAGGCCUGUUGGUCCUGGACCCCAACCAGCGCUUCACCUGCAAGCAAGUGCUCACCAGACUCACAGCCAUUGUCUCUGGGCCCAUAAUGGACAACCUGCAGUUGCUGCAGGUUGUCCCAGAAAUGGAGGAGUUUGGUGAGGAGCCGAGGGAGAGGGAGGCGAGGAAGGCCCUGCCCAGCAAGAGGAGCAAGCUGAUGGUGUGUGACGGGGUGGAGCAGUGCUUCAAGAACACCAGCACUUUGCCAACCAGACAGAAGUCGUCAGUGGAGCCUGAGAGUGACAACCCUGCAAAGUACAACAUUGAUCACCUGUUGAUGCAGCUGGCAAAGCAGAAGAGGACUGAAGAGAGCAGCCACAUGGUCGGCAGCAAGACGUCCAGUGGCAGCAGCGGCAGCAGUUCAGGCAGCAGCAGCAGCGGGGGUUGUAGCAGUGGUGGCAGCAGUGGCAGCAGCAGCAGCAGGUCAAGUGGGGUGAUUCCGUGCCUCGUUGGAGACACCCGGCCCCUCACGGCAGCAGAACUCUCCUCCUUCAGACACAUCCUCCCACAUGCCCCCAGACUUGGAGAGGGCGUCAACCAUAAUUCACGACCAUCUGCCCAACCACCACCACCGCCACCACCCCCUUCAUCCUCAGCAUCACAGGCCCCUCCCGCCCCACCACUGCCGCCACCACCGCCACCCCCACCACCACCCAAUGUCGCUGUGGUGGUCACCCGAAGCAGCAGUGACAGGUUCAGUUCCCUAUUCCCUCCGCAGCCGACUCCCAUCACCCGUGCCUUCUCUAUCAACAUCCUGCGGUCCUCACCUUCAAGCUCUCGUUCACAGUCACCCCAGAACAUUACAUCCUCUUUGUCACCCCACAUGUUAUCCUCCCACCUUCCAUCCUCCAUGCCUCCCCACCUUUCCUCUUCCUCCCCCAGGCUUCGUCCUCCAUCGCAUUCACUGUCCUCAAGUCCCCUCUUAUCCACCUAUGGAGUGUUUCCCAAUCCAGUCCAACCUCCAAGCUCCCUUGCAAGAGACCAGCCGCCCUCCCUGAGCAGGCCGAGGGCUCGCUGGAGUUCAGGUGUUCACAGCCGCAUCGUUCAUAACAUCAGCAGCCUCCAGCACCGUCCAGGCUCACCGCCCAGCACCCAGGAGCCGCGGCCACCCCCCUCACUGUCGGAGAGUGGAGACACCAUUCACCAUCCCGAGGAACACCCAAGCAACUCAAUUCCUAGUUCUUCGUCCUCUUCCUCCGGCCUGCCCUCACAACUCCCACGAGGGUCGUUCCGCCUUGUGGUGAGGGCCAGGAGGAAUCGAAGUGGGUCACUGGCGUCCCCGCGGCCGUACCACCCAGCGCAGCACUACAGGUAAGCUCAGGAGAGUGAUGAGCAAAGGUAAGUUUAGGUUAAAUCAAUGACUAGAUCUUGCUCCACUGUUUCUUGUUUUGUUAUAUUUUCAACAAAAGUGAUAAACAAGAAAAAAAUACCUCUAUAAAUGUUCUUGCAAAAAAUAUAGAGGAAGAUGUCAAAAGAUAUUAUCAAAGUAUAUUUCAGAGGUGUCUUGAUGCUCCCAUCUUGGAAGAGUUUUAAAGGAAAUAUGGUAUAAGGAAACUGUUCCAGAUGAAAGAAUGAAAAAACUUGUCACCUCCAAAAUUAGGAGGUAGGACACCAUAGGGAUGAACUUCAAUAGAAAGUCCUGUAGUGCUGCGUGGCUACAGGGAGGGGUGGAGGCAUGCAAUGGACAUAAAAACAGCAAUAAAAAUAGCAAGGGAGGCAGCAUUACAGUGAGCUUUGAGUGGCUGAGCUGUCAUCAAAAGCAGGGCCCAGUCAGGAAACCUCAAGAAAGUGUUAGGAAUUUCCAUAAUAGUAUAAAUAAUUUUGUUUGUAAGGGAAGGGGAGAGAAUUUGGCUUUGUAGAACAUGAUGAAUUUUUCUGGCGCUACGUGUGACACAUAUAGAAAGUGACGUGAGGUGACACAGGUGAGGUCCUUAAUAACCUUCCAACACCUCACCCCUCUCCAUAUAUACCUCACUGGGAGUAGCUCAUGUCCUGUGUGGCAGAUUGGCUACCUAUUCCUUAUUCCCUACAAAGCAUUUUAUCGAUAAUUAUUAAGGAUGUAAAUGCACAUAAUUGGCAGCUGUAUAAUUUGAGGGACCACACUUUAUCGUAAAGUCUGUUUGCAUUAGAUUAUACCUGAGCACAGAGGAGUUAGGGGAAGUGAUACGAGGCACAAGUCAAGAAUAAGAGACAAUAAAGGUAGUUCACUCAGCCAAUGAAGUCCUCAAUCCGUGACGUCAAGAGCAGCGCAACAAACAGUCCCCGCGGCGCUUUCUCCUUUCCCUGCAAUUGAUAGUUUUCUGUUUAUCUUUUCAGUAUUUUUUUCCAUUAUUGCUUGAGAUAAUGAAGUGAGGCAUAUUAGUCUUGUAUAAUAAAGAGGCUUCCUAUAUCAUCUACUCCCUUCCGAUGGAUUGAUAGCUUGAGAUAAUGAGGUAAAGCAUAUUAGUUUUGUAUAAAGAAGACUUUCCAUAUCACUGGUUUUAUCAACGUCCCCACAUCUCGUUCCCAGCCUUGACAGAACCAGCCUUUACCAUCCACUGUUUGGCCAUCCUUAUUGCUCUCUGAAAACUGGGACAGCUUAGAUUUCCCCUUCCUUGCAUCAUGCCCAGGACUAUUGCACCCAUCUACUCCACAAAUGACCCUACAUGUAUUGGGAAGGAGUUCUACAUAAUAAGUCCCACAGUUUGUCCCUCAUGCAGUCUUACUUUAAGGACCCCACAUGACGCUAGGGUUCCAUGUGGGUCGGGAGCAACGUUGCCAGGUUGUCGUACUCAGCUGCUUAUAUUUCCCGACUUCCUACCCCAAAACUGUCUUCUGGGCCCCAAUAACGAAACUCAUUUAUAGUUAUCGUUAAAAGAGUUGGAUCCCGAUGUCUCUUGCCAAUAGUUAGGCGUCAGAAACCAGUAAAUACUAUGCUCUAAGUACGAUGACCUGGCAAGUGUGGUCAGGAGCAGUAGAUGUCACGUGAUGCAUUGUGGGUAAAACAAAUGCACGGUGAACUCGCCUUAUUGUCUCUUAUACUUAGGCACAAGCGAUGUUCGUGACUCCGUGGUGCAUCAGCGGUUGUGAGUUACACUAGUAGGCGGUAGAUUUAGUUAUCUCUCAACUGGUAAUUAUGAAGGUUAGGUAUGUGUUAUAUUUUACCCUGAUGUGAUUAUUCAUGUUUUGGUGCCCUGUUUCCUGUAGCUUAUUCACUAAUCUUGGGAAGGUUUCGGUAAGUUGGAGAAAGAGGGGAAAGGAAGCAAGGGUGUAUUCAGAUGUUUCCUUUGCCCUCCUUAGACUUUCACCUCAACUCAAAACUCUUCCCUGAUACAACACUCUCCUCCUCUUGAUGUGUUACUCCAUUACCUCAUAAGUGGUCGCUUUUCUCGUAUCGUUUGUCCCACUACCCUGCCUAUUAUAGUGUUAACCUGUCCACUACAAUUGGCAUGGAUUUGGCUUUCACUGGUAGCCUGGCAACAUAUACUUCCAGGUCUUUCUCUGCCUCUGUGGUGGAUAGUGGAGUGUUUCUCAUGUGGUAUUGGUAUGCUGGAUGUCCCCUCCCAAGGUGCAUGAUUUUACAUUUUUCUUCAUUGAAUUGUAGCAGCCACUUUUUGUUCCAUUCCUGUAGGUUGGUGAUGUCUUCUUGUAAUCCACAGUCAAGGGGUUAAGAAGUGCAUAAAGAGGAAUGGAGAUGAAAAAUGCUGGGUGUGACCUGGAGAGAUUGGAAACAAGCAACAUGAAUUAGGGGAUGGACCAAGGUUGAAGGUAUUCUAAAGACAAUUAUAAAUGAGAAAUGGACUUGGGCAGGUCAUAUCUUACAUAGAUCUGAUAUCACAGUAAUAGAGUGGCAACCCAGGAAUUCUAGAUGUCAGGGCAGAUGAAGAACUAGACGGAGUGAUUUAACUGGAGCAUUUGCCAGAGUAAGAUGGAAGACUUUACCAUCAGAUGAGAGAUGGAGAAUGUUGGGGAAGUCUUUUGUUCUGAGGUGGACUGGUAAUGACUGAUGCUGAUGAUGUAUAUAACCUAUUACUGUUUGUAGUGUAUCUAUAUAACUGGUAAUUUAGUCUUUUCGAUCUGGCUACAUGUUUCACAAAUUUUUCGACUCAAGGACAUGAAGAAAGUCUUGAUUAUUUAACAACUCCUUGCAGUCAAAUCCACAGUAUUUACAAAUUAAUAAAAACCUGCCAGUGUGUGUCAUCACUGAGGGAGCAGGUUUUGGUGUCGAGACGGAUAGGGAUUUUUAAUGAUAUUCUGAUAUUAAUGGUUCUUGUAGGAUUAAUUACCUUUGAUAAUGUUUCUUAAUUUUUUUAGAAUGUUUGUAUUGUUUGAGUGGUUGAGUAGUACAUGACUGAUAGUAUUUAAGAGUGCCUGUAGGAGUGAGGUGAGGUUUUGAAGGUGCUGCAGCUCUUGGGAGUGUGUGUGUUGUAAGUGAGUAAAGGUUUAAGUGAUGAUGUUCAAGGAUGCAAGGAAGAGCCGGGUAACAUUAAUUUUUGCAGCUCCAAUAUGUUCAAGAAGAGAACUUAAAGUGAUGAUAGUAAUUAUAAAUGUUUUAAUAUUUAGACAUAAAAUUUGUUACAAGAAAACUUAUAAUUUAUAAACUGUUUGAUAUUAUUAUUCUCAAACUUAAGUUACUGAUGCAAAGUUUGGGUCUUUUCACCUUUUGGUUACCUGUAUAUAUAUUUUUUUCUGUUACUCUCUCAAUUAAGAAUACAUGUCUCCGUAGUCCACUGAAUAUCAUGAGAGAUGCCAAAAAGGGAUGUCGCUUCUGGGAUAGACAAGGCCAAGGGUGUGGGGACUGAGCCUCCCCUCAAAUACUUAAGCCCAGAACACUCACCAGAAGGGUCACAUUCCCUGUUUUUACCCCCGGCCCGUCACUGUGGACAGCAGACUCACCCAUGAUGGUGACGUCCCUGUUCCCGGACAUGCCUUGGCAUGAAAGAAUAUUAAGAUGUUUUAGAUUAUUGCUGCACAAGUGAAUGUGUGCAAUAGGUAUGGCAGACUUAAGGUGUUCUUGUUGAUAAUUAUAUAUAUGAAAUAUGUUAAUUUUUUAUUAAAACUUACAAGAUGCUUGAUAAGAUCCUGACUAACUCCCCUUAUUGAGCGUAAUAUUUGCUAUCAGGAGUUUGAAUGAAAAUAGUUUGCCUUAGUAAGUACACACUCACAGAGGUAUAUAUAUUUAUAUUAGAAAUUUUGUUUUUUAUACAUAUAUUCUGAAGUUAGGAUGUGUGAAGUGCCUUGUUCCUAAAGCCGUGUUCUCUUCUGAGAGCAGCAGAUAUAAAAGUGAAUAUGAACCUUGCCAUCGUGAUCUUGGACGUGCAGGUCACAGGAGUGGCCAUCACUUUGCCGUGGGUGUUGUGUGUCACUUACCCUUUCAGUCACUGUUCUGUGUGAAAAUGCCAGGAAUCGCUGCUCAAAAAGAUGAGAUAAACUAAUUCUAGGAUUGGCUUAAGAGCCUAUAUUUUGCUCAGCUUCAGAUAGCUUGAAUUUGCAUAUCAGUCUGGUAUAAAACCUGCUAAGUAUUAUAUUAAUUUGAAAUUAGAGUUUCUGCCAAUCUUAAGAGGUCAAGAAUAUGAAGAGGAACCUGAACUUUGGCUUGGCUAUUUUUAUAUACAUAGAAGUUAAACUUACCAUUCUAAAAAGCCUUGCCUGAACUAGUGGUGGCACUCAAGUUCUGUAAUCGGGUGUUGUUUACAAACUGAAGAGAACAGAAACUUUCAUUAUCCUGUUUUUAUGUCUCAGUAUGGGAUAAAAAAUAACUUUCAGAGAAGGAGAAAUAAUGUUCCUUAGGUAGGUAGUCAGGUAAAAUGAGGAAAACUAAAUGACUUGAAGUAAUCAUCACAAAAGUUGUCUGACUUUAGCAGCCACCUCCCCGGCUGGGGCUGCAGCUUUGUCCAGGGAGUGUGACAUACUCUGGCAUUCACCCCCAGCUGUGUGGGUGAAUUGUGGGCAUUGAAGGUGACAAAAAAUAAUGCCAGGAACUGUUUUCAUAGAAUUUAUUAACUUAACUGUACAAUACAUUCACAUAGACUCCGUUAAACACUAAUAAUGGAGUGACUGACUUCAUGAUUCUGCCGGCAGAAAGUUGUGGAAAUCCUUGAGCAACGUUUAGUGGACAAAAACAGACAUGUGAAGGGGCAUUUACAUAAUUUUGUAGUUGUCAUAAAAAAAAUGCCACAAAAUGUUCUAAUAAAAAACAACUAAAAUCAGCAGAUUCACAUACACAUAAUAUUUUCUCAGAGAUUUAUCCAAGUUGAUUACAAGAUAAUUUAGAACAGUAUGUGUAGAUGCGUGCAACUAAUGAUAUUAUAAGAAACAAAUUUAUAAUAAAUGGUUGAGUUGAAAGGGUGAACAUUGCAGUGCCAUUGUUUUGCUGUUCAAAUCACUCUGGCAGGCACUCAGCAGCCCCUCAGACCCUCCAGCCAUCCCUGGCGGUGUGGGCGGCGGCACCACAACGCUCACCACCACUCACUGAUGGGAAGUUCGUUGCCGACUUUUGUCAAAGAACAAUGAAUAACCAACAACAAUAAAAAAUGGAGAGAACAGGAGAGGAAGUGUAUGAAGCAUAGGUAGGCCUAGGUAUCUUACGUUCACAGAACUCACAAUGUCAAUAACAACAAUGAUGUACAAUAACAACAGGUGAAAAUAUGAUAACAAUAACAGAUGUGUUAAGCUCAACUCACAGGCACAUCACUCUGUGAGUAACAUGAAGUGUUAUUUCUCUAUCGUUUAACAGAUACUAAUAUUAAGUGUUGCUGUCAGAAAGUUUCCCAACACACACACACACACACACACACACACACACACACACACACACACACACAUAUCAGUCAUUGU